AUGAGUCGUCAGAUUGGAGUUAAACGAAGAAAGCAGUAUGAUACUAAAUUGUUGGAAGAAGCAGUUAUGCUCAUUAAAAAUAAAAACAUCAGUUUGAACAAGGCUUCAGAAAUAUACUCGAUACCAAAAGCCACUUUAUCAUAUAAAGUUAAUGGUAAGCUGCCACUGCUUUGUAAAAGUGGACCUCGUCCAGUUCUUACAGAAAACGAGGAGGCAAAGCUUGCAGACUGGGCAUGCAAAAUGGCUGCAAUCGGGUUUGGGCGAACAAGAAAUGAGCUUUUGGAUACAGUUCAAAAAAUUUUAGAGCGAGAUCAACGACCAAACCCAUUUAAGAACAAUCGUCCAGGAAAGGAUUGGUAUUAUGCCUUUAUAAAGAGAAAUCCUAUCAUUAAUGAAAGGACGCCUCAACAGCUUGCAAAGGAGAGAGCUGUGAUAACUCCUCAAAAAGUGGAACUGUGGUUCAGUGAUCUCAAAAAUUAUAUUGAUCUUGACAUCAAGGACCCUUCUCUUUGGACUGACCCGUCAAGGUGGUUCAACGCGGACGAGUCAGGAUUUCCACUGUGUCCUAAAAGCGGGAAAGUCUUGGCACCAAGAGGGGUUCCAAGUAUCUAUAAUUUUACUUCCUCUGACAAGUCUCAAGUUACUGUGCUAGCUUGCAUGUCUGCUAGUAGGCAUUUUCUUAAGCCUCUUAUUGUAUUUCCUGGCCAGAGGUUUUUUUAUAAUCCCCUUGAUGGUUUUCCAGAGGCAGUGAUGGGUAGGACUGCUACUGGUUGGAUGGACAAGGAGCUUUUCUACACAUGGAUGAAAGAUGUUUUCAUACCUCAUAUCAAUGUUUCUGGUGUGAAGAAACCUGCUCUUCUGCUUGUUGAUUGUCACUCAACCCAUCUCACUCUAGAAGGAGCAGUUAGGGAUUACCAAUUACAAAAUAUUGGUGAAUACGUCACAAAAACAAAAUUUGCUAGUGUAUUUAGAAACGCAUGGAUGAAAUCCACCACCCCAGAUGUUGCUGUAAAAGCAUUUAAAGAGAGUGGAUUGUUCCCAUUUAACCCAAGUAAACCCCUCUCCACUGUCAAAAUGCAGCCAAGCUCUGGUAUGGAACAGGCCUGGAACAAAGAAUUGGUGUUUUUGGAGAUGUUUCCCUCAGUUCUGCAGCAAGGAUGA